CUUUCAAUACGGAAGUGUUGGUUGUUGCAACAUUCACAUUCUUGGAAUUAAUGCAUUUCUAUUUAGAGAAUUGAGAAUUAAUCAUUAAUCAUAAAUGAAGUUACCUCUGUUGUAAAAAAUUAUAUAGACGAAUUGAACAACCUAUUUAUUCCUUAAAAUAUAGUUAUAAUUAUAAUACCUGUAAUAAUGUAUCCAAAUCCAGCAUAUGGAGCUUACAAUCCAGGAGGUUAUGGUGGUCAACCUCAAGGAGGAAAUUAUGGCCAACCUCAAGGAAGAAGUUAUGAUCAGCACCAAGGAGGAGGUUUUGCUCAACAACAAGGUUUCGGCCAACCUCAAGGGGGUUUUGGUCAGCCCCAGGGAGGCGGUUUCGCUGCAUCAGGUGGCUAUGGUCAACCCAAUCAAAUAAACCCUGAUGUCCAGUCAUGGUUUCAAGCUGUCGAUAAGGAUCGUUCAGGGCAAAUCAGUUGGGAAGAACUUCAAGCUGCAUUAAUCAAUGGACAAGGUGAAAAUUUCUCCCCCACAGCUUGCAAAUUGAUGAUAUCCAUGUUUGAUAUUGAUCACAGUGGAACUAUUGGGGUAAACGAGUUUCAGUUGCUUUAUAACUACAUUAACCAGUGGCUAGCAGUUUUUAAAAACUAUGAUAGAGAUGGUUCAGGUAGUAUUGAUGAGACAGAACUUACACAAGCCUUUCAACAAAUGGGCUUUAGAUUCUCUCCAGAGUUUGUCAAAUUUUUGUUAGUUAAAAGUGAUCUUAAAACCCAUAGCAGGAUGUCUGUUGAUCAGUUUAUUGUAGUAUGUAUUCAGAUUCAACAAUUCACAGAAGCCUUUAAAAAGAAAGAUCGUGAACUGAAGGGAGUUAUAACACUAGGUUUUGAAGAGUUUUUGGGUAUUGCCUUGAGUUGUUCUGUAUAAUUACCAUAUGUAUCUCAGAAAGAAGCAAAAAUCAGUUAAAAUUUAGUAAAAUUAUUUCUGAUUUAUAUACAUUUAUUUUAGAGUUGUAGAAAUAUUCAUAUAUUUUAUACUAUACUAUUAAAAUGAAAUAAUUCAGAUUUUUUCUAAUUUAUUUUUUAUGUAUUUUUGUGUAAGUAGUCCAUUUAAAUAAAAAAAAUGAUCUAUGCAAAUCCAUUAAAUUGUAGUAUAGAUAUCUCUGAUACCUGUUGAGAAUUAUUAUAUUUGUUAAGAAAUUAGAUUUGUCAAUGUGAUAGCUCAUUUUUGUAAUAAAAUAUUCCUGCAUAGAAAA